AUGUCGGCUGGUGAAGGCAUUGAACUGAGGCAGCAUCCAGAGGAGACCGAAGUUCCACUUCAUCCACACUGGCGGAGAAUCUUCAACAAGUAUGAUUUGAAUAAUGAUGGGCGAAUAUCGCUCGUAGAGCUGAAGAAUAUCAUCAGAAGUGCAUCAUAUGAAAGAGAUAUUCCUGAUGUUGCUGUUAGAGAAAUUCUGAGAAAAGCCGAUCAGGACCAGAAUGGCUACUUGGAGUGGGAUGAGUUCGUGCAAUUGGUGCACAUGAAAGAAUACAGAAGCUUGUUUGCAGCUGUACUUGGCAAAUAUAUCCGUGCAACUGUAGUUCCACGCCACAGAUUAUAUGAAGUUGAUGUAGUAGAUGGUACUGGGGAAUAUGAGGAGCAGUACAGUUGUUGGCCACCAGCUGUUGCCAUGAUUUUUAUCAGUGUUGUAGAGGUUAUAACAUUUCUCUGGGAUGUUAUUGCUGUAGGAACUAUGGCAGCAAAUGGCCCUGCUGCUACUGCUCUUAUGUAUAAUCCUCAUAAGAGAUAUGAAGCAUGGCGUUACCUUACGUACAUGUUUGUUCACGUUGGUGCAUUUCACUUGGUAGUAAACUUGCUGGUCCAAAUACUUCUUGGAAUACCAUUAGAAAUGGUGCACCGAGGCUGGAGAGUUCUAAUAGUGUACUUCGCAGGAGUAGUUGCUGGUUCCUUGGGAACCUCAAUAUCUGAUCCCUACGUAUACUUAGCUGGUGCUUCAGGUGGUGUAUACGCUAUCAUCACAGCCCAUGUGGCCACAAUUAUAAUGAACUGGAGUGAGAUGAAACUCGCAAUUCUGCAAGCUCUGGUAUUUUUUAUACUUGCUGCAAGUGAUAUUGGAUCUGCCAUAUACAAUCGAUAUGUCCUUAAGGAAGCAACACAGAUUGGAUAUGCAGCCCAUAUUGCUGGUGCUCUUGCUGGAUUACUUGUUGGUGUCAACGUUUUGCGCAAUCUUCAGGUGAAGCCUUGGGAGAAAGUUCUUCGGUGGACAUGUUUUGUCCUUUAUUUUAUUCUGAUGAUUGGUGCUAUUAUCUGGAAUGCAGCAUUUCCUGACUACUUCCCAGUGUCUUACUACAGAAAUUAG